AUGAGCCAUUACUUCACCCCUGUCGGCGGUAACAUCCGUCAAGUCACCAAGGACAUUGUCAUCCACUCGUGUCCUUUCACUCGAGGCUACCUGCUGAACUUUGGAGGCCGAAUGACCUGUGUCAAGCUGCCCACUGCCGACGAUGCCGUGGUCGUGUUUGCUCCUACUCCCGUCUGUGAACAGUCUGAGGCUGCUCUCAAACUUCUAGCCGGAGACAAGCCCAACGUCAAGUAUCUCGUCGCCCCUGACUUUGAGCACCACAUGGCUCUCAAGGCCUGGAAGGACAAGUUCCCCAAGGCUCUAAUCAUUGGACCGGAGGAGCUCAAGGAAAAGAAGAAGGCCGAGGGUAUUGAUAUUGACAUUGCCUUCAAGCCCGAGGAGGGCAACAAACUUCUCUCAGGCGCGGCUCUGGAAUCAGUGGGUUUCCCCAAGGAGCUCGUGGACACCUUUGAUGCAGUCUAUUUGCCCAGCCAUGCUAACAAGGAGGUUAUGCUGUACCACAAGCCGUCCGAGACUCUGCUUGAGGCCGACGCCAUCUUCAACACUCCCUCCAACGAGCAGUACAAGGGCUCUGGAGUCAACCCCAAGGGAUCCUGGGGUAUCCCCAACCUCAUGAACUACAUGAGCUUUGACAGUUAUCUUCAGCAGAAGCUGUGGAGCAAGCUGUACCCUGAUCCCGCUGCUGCCAAGAAGGCCUACAACGAGCUUUUGCGGCUACCUAUCAGACGGAUCAUCCCUUGCCAUGGAGAUCUGAUUGAGGGUCCUCCAGCCGAGAUUGCCUCGAAGCUGGAAGAUCUGGUCAAGACUUUGUAA